AUGACUAGUUCAACAAACGAAGCACGGCGUGGAAACACACUUUUUGUCACGCGUAUACCGUAUCAUGUAACAAACACAGACCUAGAGACAUUUUUUAGUGAUAUUGGCCCACUGCGUAGGGCUUUUGUCGUCACGGAUAAGGAGACACACAAAUCCAAGGGUGUGGGUUAUGUGACAUAUACUGAUACUGAAGAUGCGGAAAAAGCACUCGAAAAGCUUCAGGGCGCUAGUCUGGAUGGAAGUAAACGACAUGUACAGCUUCAAUGGGCCGAUAGGAAAUCGGAUUUAAAAUCUGGUAAAAGCGCUGAGUUGAAAUCGACUCCUACGCAAGCAACUUCACGACACGUGGUCUUGCCAGAUCGUGACCCUGACGCCGUUCGUACCAUCGUCAUUUCUGGACUUGCCGGAUGUAAACCGGCUGCAGAUGAGAAAACAAUCUAUAAGCGUGUGCGCAAGAUUGGGGAUGUUGAACAGGUGAAGUUCGCUGAGCACGAAGGCUCUGAGUCUAACGAUGUGGCUUUUGUGCGCUUUCGCACGCCAAAUCAUGCUAUCAAUGCUAUUAAUAAGCUUCACGCGCAUCAAUUCAAAGGAUCACUACUUAGCGUAGAGCUAAAAAAGCGUACGGACGGUGCUCUACGUCGUGAAAUGCACAUGCGCGAUGAUACCCGGAAAAAACAACAUUCUAUUCAGGAGCAGAUUGAACAGUUUAGCGGAAAGACUUUGCCUGUUAACCAAAAUCAUCUGGACCAUGCAAGCCGUCUCAUCGUUCGGAAUUUGCCAUUUGACAUGUCCAUGGAAGAUCUUCGCGCCGUUUUUCUCCCCUACGGUGCUCUGUACAAUGUUUCUUUACCCACCGAUGAAAGCAGUGGCAAGGGGCGUGGUUUUGCAUUUAUAUGGUAUGUGUCCAAAUCCGAUGCUGCCAAGGCCAUGGAGGCCAUUAAUGGUGUGUCACUAAGACAUGGUGCGGCCGAACAAGCUCGACUGAAAAAAGCCCAAGGAAAAAAUGGCCGCGAAGCGGCCAAAGAGGCCCUCGCUGAAGUGCAUAAAACAGCACAGCCAGCUCGUCCUGUGGCAGUAGACUGGUCGCUGUCGCAAAAAGACUGGAUGUCACAAGCAGAGGAGAGUGACGAGCAACCAUCGCCUAAACGAAAGCGCAUGGACUUGUCAGAUGAGGAAGAUGGAAACGAGGAGAGCGAGGAUGAUGAUACCGAAGCAAAGGAACGUCCCAUGCUGGCGCCACCGGAGGCAGGAACUACUCUUUUCAUUCGUAAUCUACCUUACCAAGCAACGGAACAAGAGCUCAAGGACUUAUUUAGGUCAUUCGGCCCUCUUCGUUAUGCUCGUAUCACCAUGGAUCCUGUCACGAACCGGAGUCGUGGCACUGGGUUCAUCUGCUUUUGGAAGCGCGAAUCAGCCGAUGCUUUGCUUCGUGACGCGGAAAUUGUGCACCAAGAAACUUCUGCUCCUGAUGCACAUACCAAAUCAAACCCUUUUAAAGUGCCCUCUGUCAUUACUGCGGAUCCAUCUGCACCACUCGUGGCGCGUUUCUCCUUGCAUGGCCGUGUUUUGCAUGUCGUACGCGCCGUGACGCGCGAGACAGCGUCCAGCCUCGAAGCGACGGCGCGCAAAGAACGCGAGAAGGGUGAUAAGCGUAAUACAUUUCUUUUGCGAGAAGGCGUUCCAUUUCCCAAUACCCAACUUGCAGCUUCCUUAUCAGAUGCUGAGAGGGAGCGACGUAUGCGCUCGUUUUCGAUCCGUCGCGCACAACUAGGAGCAAACCCAUCAUUACAUAUAUCGAAGACUCGUCUUGCUGUUCACCAAUUACCACUUUUCGUAACGAAUAAGAUGCUUAAGCGCAUAGCUUUGCACGCAGUUCGUGCCUUCAAUGAUGAAGUGAAGGAAGGUAAGCGGGUUGAUCUCGACAAAGAUGAAAAGGACGACAAAACACUUAGUGUAAAUGCGAAGCAGCCGACGGAGGCCAAACAUCGACCACCACCGUCUGUCGUGGUGCAGUCCAAGGUGGUGCUACAAAGCGAACGUGUUGAUCCGCUUACUGGCCAGGGUCGCUCACGUGGUUAUGGGUUCCUUGAGAUGCGCUCCUUUGCUCAUGCGCUCAAAGUACUACGUUGGGCUAACGCAAAUAAGAACCUCGGAAGCUUGCUUGUCCAUUGGUGGCGCGAGGAGCUUGAAGCUCUCCGUGCUAAGCUCAUACGUGAUGAUUCGAAUGAGGCGCAAUUGCGGAUAAAACGCAUCGAUCAGGCAUUGAAUAACAUGGAGACUUCGUCCAAAUCAGAAGCUCGUGGUGUACUUCGUAUUGAAUUUUCAAUCGAAAAUAUCACCACAGUUCGGAAGCGUGUACUGCGCCAGGAACAGGCUCGCGAUAAGGCUAGUAAACGGCAAAAAAAGGAAGACGAUACCGUACAAGAAACGAUGGAGGAGUCAGAAAGUGAUCAAGACGCUGAUGAUGAAUCACAACAUCUUCCCUCACAACGAACAGCUAAAUUGCAUCGAAAAUCCGGAUCGGAAAAAAUUCAGCGCGAAAUGAAGAAUCGAUCGUUGGGAUCACUCAUCGGGAAAAAGCGUGCGGUCCGAAAGCGUAAACACAAUUCCAAGUAA